UGAUGGAACGCUGGCAAGGCAAGGUAGCGAUCGUAACGGGUGCUAGCUCAGGAAUUGGUGCAGCAACCGUUAAAGCCCUCGCUAAGGCUGGUCUGAUCACGUUCGGUCUGGCACGACGUGUCGAGCGUGUUGAGGAGCUGAAAAGUGAUCUUCCCGGUGAUGCAAAGGACCGGCUACACAGCAUCCACUGUGACAUAACGAAGGAGGAAGACAUUUUGGCCGCUUUCCGGCAGGUGGAGGAACAGUGCGGUGGUGUCGAUGUGCUCAUCAACAAUGCGGGACUAGCGAAGGGUGGUGUCGGUGUGCUGGAUGCUGGCAAUACGCAGGUCAUUCGGGAUGUGUUUGAUACGAAUUUGGUCGGUUUGGCACUGUGCAGCCGGGAAGCGUUCCAAUCGAUGAAGAAACGUUCGGUCGAUGGACACAUUGUGCACAUUAAUAGCAUCCUCGGCCAUAUGGUGGCACCGAUGGGAACGAUCAAUGUGUAUGCGGCGUCAAAGUACGGUGUGACGGCACUGACGGAAACGAUGCGACACGAGCUGAGACUGGCGGGCACGAAGAUUAAAGUGACGAGCAUCAGCCCAGGGCUCGUCCGUACAGAGAUGCCCACCAGCACAGCCCUUGCCGAGCGGCCCUGCCUCGAACCGGAAGACAUUGCGGAUGCGAUCCUGUACGUGCUCGGCACACCGCCGCGGGUGCAGAUACACGAGGUAACGAUCAAACCGGUUGGUGAAGCCGUUUGAGGUUUUGGGUAGA